UGUUGGGACUGGCUGCGGGAGCGGGGGGCGGCAGCGGGCACUCUGUCUCUUGCCUGCAGCGGAGGCGCAGGAGCGUGCACCUUUAGCGCGUCUGUCUUUUCUUCCCGCGAAGAGUGAAAUGUGAGGCCAUCAUCAAAUUUUAUGAAGAGAGAAGAUGUAAUCCGAUUUGAGUUUGGUUGCUGUGUUCAGAAGAAUCUGAAGAACAGAAGCUGGGAAACCAAUUCGGAGGCCGUGACAAUAAUCGCUGGGAAGGACAGCAGCUUGGACCAGGGUGGUGGCAGUGUUGGUGCUUGUGAUGUGGUAAUGUCAGCCAGACUUCUCAGAUCCUUGGCCAGAUCUCACUACAUUUUAUCAAAAGCGUGUCAGUGCCAAAGACUUGUUCAUCGAACAUUAAAACCACUUAAGGAAUUUGAGACCACAACAUGCAACACCCUGACAAGAAGUCAGAACAUGAAUUUUUUCUUUCCUGAUACAGCAGCUGUUGAUUUGAAUAAGUCCCAGGUCCUGGAAAUGAACCGGAAAAUAUCAAAUACAAACGUACUCUCUCCAUUAAACACCGCAGGUUACCAAGAUGAAAAAGAGCACCUUCCAACCAGGAUCUCCCUUGGUACUCAUAGGAAAGUGACUCACAGACCAAAUCUGUUAGGUUUUAAGUGGUUUAUAAAAAUACUAAAGAGACAUUCCUCAUCUGUGUCAACGGAAACACUUGUUUCUAAACAAGACUUUCCGCAAAUCAAGAGACCACUGAAAGCAUCAAGGACCAGGCAGCCAUCCAGGACCAACCUUCCAGUUCUGCCUGUGAACAAGGACCUGAUGCGCUGUACUGCAUUUGCAACUGCAGAUGAAUACCAUCUUGGAAAUCUCUCUCAAGAUCUGGCCUCCCAUGGAUAUGUUGAAGUAACAAGCUUGCCUAGAGAUGCAGCAAAUAUUUUGGUGAUAGGUAUGGAAAAUUCUGCAAAAGAAGGUGAUCCUGGAACAAUAUUCUUCUUCAGGGAAGGAGCUGCUGUCUUCUGGAAUGUGAAAGACAAAACUAUGAAGCAUGUGAUGCAAGUUCUUGAAAAACAUGAAAUUCAGCCCUAUGAAAUUGCAUUGGUGCACUGGGAGAAUGAAGAGCUUAACUACUCAAAAACAGAGGGACAGUCAAAACUUCACAGAGGGGAAAUCAGGUUAAAUUCAGAGCUAGAUUUAGAUGAUGCCAUUCUAGAGAAAUUUGCUUUCUCAAAUGCUCUUUGCCUUUCAGUGAAACUGGCUAUCUGGGAAGCAUCACUGGAUAAAUUUGUUGAAUCUAUUCAGUCGAUUCCAGAGGCUUUAAAAGCUGGGAAGAAAGUGAAACUAUCUCAUGAAGAAGUUAUGCAGAAAAUGGGUGAACUCUUUGCCUUAAGACACCAUAUAAACUUGAGUUCAGACUUCUUGAUCACUCCUGAUUUCUACUGGGACCGAGAAAAUCUGGAAGAACUUUAUGAUAAAACUUGUCGGUUCCUCAGCAUUACUCGUAGAGUUAAGGUCAUGAAUGAAAAGCUUCAGCACUGCAUGGAGCUAACAGAUCUGAUGCGGAAUCACCUGAUUGAGAAGAGGACGCUCCGCCUGGAAUGGAUGAUUGUCAUCCUUAUCACCAUAGAGGUAAUGUUUGAGCUGGGACGAGUAUUUUUCUAAGUGACGACCAAAGAAAAGUGUCAUUGCAAGAUAUAUUGAAGUUCUACAAUCAAAAAUAAAUGCUCACCUGUUGAGAUUAAUAGGUAUUUAAUUUUUUUAAUCAAGAAAUUGUCAGUGAUCUUUUUCAGUUUCUAAAUGUAUUGCUG